AUGGCGGAGAUGUUCUGCCAACAGUGUAGAACGCCGUUGAAGCUUCACGGCUCUCUUCAGAACCUCAACCCUGCUGCAUUAAACUUACUACAUGGAUCACCAGCAUCAUCAUCAACAUCGAAACAAACCGUCUUCGAUCCCCGAACGCACUCCUCAGCUAGUCAUGCUCACGGCUCUCUUCGAAAAGACAUAUACGAACAAGCUUUAAUGAAUGGCAGUCAUCCGGUCGUUAAACGAAGUAUACCAAAUGCUCCAAAAAAUUCAUCGCCCCUCGCUGGUGUACCGGCAAACAUGGCCGAGUCCUUCGUCAUGCUCUCGGACUCGGUCAUACUGCGAACGCCUCAACCUAUUGUCGGAGAAUCGAUGCAGAAUGGUGGCUUAGCGACAACACCGAGCGGGAUUACACCUGAAGACUCGUUGUCGCAUAAGAUGCAGACAUCGAGACGAUUGUUUGAUGUUUUGAGCGCUAGAUCAGAUAUCGAUUACCCGAUAUGUAUGGAGUGCACGGAGCUACUGGUGGAAGGGCUACAAAAACGGCUGGGAGAAGCUACUAAGAGUAGAGAUGGGUACCAGCAGUUUUUGAAGAAGUUACAGGCAGAAAUCCCGACAGAUGCCGAAGCUGCCAAAGUGGAAGAGGAUCUUGAAAAAGUUAGGCAGGAGAAGGAUGCUGCUUUACUGGAAUUAGAGGAUUUGGAACGUGAGAAAGCUCAGAUAGAAGCCGAGAUUGCAGAAGCUGAGGAGGAAUCAAAGAGAUUGGAGGCCGAGGAAGAAGAAUUUUGGCAAGAGAGGAACCUCUUUUCCCAACAACUGGAAGAGUUUCAAAACGAGCGUGAUAGCAUCAAUUUGCGGUUCGAUCACGACACGAAACAGUUAGACAAGUUACAUCGUACGAACGUAUACAAUGACACGUUCUGUAUUGGACACGAUGGGUUUUUUGGGACUAUCAAUGGUCUACGGUUGGGGAAGCUUCCGUCACAGCCUGUGGAAUGGGCAGAGAUAAAUGCGGCAUGGGGUCAAACGCUCCUUUUGCUGCAUACCGUGGCCGAUAAGCUCGGCUUCGUCUUUGAGAAUUACAAGCUGAAACCGAUGGGAUCUACUUCGAAAAUCGAAAAAAUGGAACCGAGACAAAUGGACACCACAUCGAGCCGGAUCGGGGCUGCACUAGGGGCUGUGAGUAGGAGCGAUGUUCGGGUCCAAACGCUGGAGCUGUUUAGCUCUGGUACAAUUCCAAUGGGCCAUCUGUUUGCACAUCGCAAGUUUGACGGUGCUAUGGUUGCAUUUCUUGAUUGCAUAAAGCAAUUGGGAGAGUUUGUUGCCAGAGCAGAUCCGACUGCGGUUCUCCCGUAUACGAUAGUGAAGGAUAAGAUUGGAGAUGUGUCUAUACGGCUGACAUUCAACCAAGACGAGCCAUGGACAAGGGCUUGCAAGUAUACUUUGACGUGUGCUAAGUUUCUACUGGCUUAUGCGUCGAACCAGGGACUUGCUAGACGGUUGCAGCAACAGCAACAGCAGCAACAGCAGCAAUCACAGACAAGAUAA